AGGCGGCGCAUCUGGCACGAAAAGAUACCUUUAGGCAGGCGCAAACAGACGCCUUCUGCCUACAGGUCUAACACUGUAGUUGUGACAACACCACCACAGCCUGAUUCACAUUGGGGGCAGCUCUAGCGCCGCAUGACAUGACCAUCGAGGCAAACACAGACGAUGGCUGCCUUCUCAUGGCAGCUCUGCCCUGGCCGCCAUUUAUCGACUCCAGUUCGGUUAAGCCGCCCUACAAUGUCACGGGAAUCAUGGUGGACAUCAUGAAUAUCAUCGCUCAUCAUCUCAAAUUCUGCUACCGCGUGGCUGCGCCGAAAGGACUGGACUGGGGACGACGACUCGACAACAACACCUUCACCGGCAUGCUGGGAGAGUUCCAGCGGCGGGAGUGGGAUAUGACCCUCUCCCCUGUCGGCGUCUCCUACACGAGGUACUUGGUGAUGGACUUCAGCACGCCGCUCUACAUGGACGAAACGUCUGUCGUGUACGCGAGACCUUUCCCCAAGGCCGACGUCAUUGGCUUCAUCAAACCUUACACUCCUUUGAUGUGGGCGUUGCUGCUGUUAAGUGCCGUACUGGUCUCUGGGGUCACUUUAUUCCUACAACUGACUCAUCACGCCCAGGACGAACGAGCCGGUAACGAUGAAGGACGGAGGCCAGCAGAGCAAGGCAGUGUAGGAGUGACGCUGUACAGGAGCAUCCAGUGGGUCCUGUGCUGCCUCGUCACACAAUCGGCGGCGUGGGAGCCGCGAAAGGUGCCAGUGCGGCUGAUUGGCGUGUUCUGGCUGCUGGCAUCCCUCAUCGUGGGCAGUGUGUACCGCUCUAACCUGAAGGCCAUGCUCAUCCUGCCCCGCACGGUGUUACCCUUCAACAGCAUCAGUGAACUGGCCAAAACCGACAUCCCAGUGUUCGUUAUCAAAGGAAGCCUACUUGACCAUGCCAUGAAGGCUGCCCCGCCACAGUCUCCGCUGGGCCGUGUGAGUGACCAGGCCCUUUCGUCUAGCGACCUCGUGUAUAUGACUAAUGCCGUUAUCCAAGGAAAGAUGGCCGCCUUCGGCUCCCGCGGUGGCCUCUCGCAAUCCGUGGUCAGCAUCUCCUCCAGGAUGGGUUUCUGCUCGCUGUACAUCGCCACGGAGGGUAUCCUGUUCACGAGCAUCAGCCUGGGCUUCCCUAAGGGCUCGCCGCUCAUCCCCAAAGUGGACAGCGUCAUUGGGAGGCUGCACCAGUCCGGCCUUCUACAAUUGCUGUACAACAACGUCCUGGGCAAGGCCUCGCACUGCCUCGACACCAUCAGCACCACGGCCUCCACCAAGGACGUAAAGCUACGGCCCCUCGAGUUGCAGGACUUCUACGGCAUCUUUGCUCUGUACGGCGGAGGCAUGUGUCUGGCGCUGUUAACGUUCUUGGUGGAGGUCACGGUGUUUCGUGUGAGCCACAAACGAGAGGAGUAAAACAGUGCACGUACUCAGAUGACGAUGACUACACUUCGCCUUGGCACACGCGAAGUUAAACACUAACUAUAUUUUAUUCUUUGUAACCCGUAGAGUUAAACUGUAAUAAUGUAGCCAAUAAAUCUGCCUGUCUA